ACGUUUUCUUAGCGCGGGAAAGAUAGAUGUAGACAACUACAGAAGUGAACUACUGGGAAAGGCGAGACACACACCCCACGAAAGUCAGUUUCGAGACGUUUUUUUCGCAUAGUUUGUCAUUUUAUGUGGCUAAUAUCCUUCGAAGUGGUAUGGAUACAGAACGGAGUACUGACAUUUGUGGCAAUGUCCCGGAUGUAACAUUGUCAACACCAAAGGGGAAGGACUUCUCGACAGCUAAAGGGGCUCAUAAAAGGACCCCAUACUCAGGAUACAAAAAAGUCCAUUCCAGCUUCAAAUCACCUGUCCAGACCUCCAGUACUGGCCCUGCCAAGCCUGAAGAGGAGAUAGAGGAACUGAAGAAGAGACGGGCAAAGUUAGACUCAGAGAUUACACUGUUGGAGAAAGAUGGGAUCAGAGUUGAUGAGUUGGAGCAGCACAUUGACCUGCUACAUGAGUACAACGACAUCAAAGACAUCGGACAGUCACUAGUAGGCAGGAUAGCUGCCCUGAGAGGAGUGACCACACGAGACCUGUACAGCCAAUUUGGGCUUGAGCUGGACGACUGACUGGACAACUGAGGGAGAGAGAGUGGGUGCCCAUCCUACGCUCUGCCCCCUCCAGAACAAGAAGGGGGGAAAAAUAAAGUUAUAAAGCUAGGUGCGUUCAGCUCAUUGAACAUUUUGCUAAGUUGCGUGACAGUUUGUACUGACCAACACGUUUCCCCCAAAAGGUGCACAUCGUUCUUCAACAGUAUUUUCUUUGGUGGGUGUUUGGCAAGGUAUGGCCUAAUCUAUAUGGGUAUAACCAUUUGAAAUCGCAAAACUCGUGUAGGCAGCACACCAUACACAAUCGCCCUCUGGGCCAACAACAAAACAUUCUUAAAGUGGAAAUUCAGAACAGUACAGAGUCUGUUGAAUUAAACAUUGCACAUCGAUCUCUCCUACUGAACAUCCCCCUGGAUUAGCAUAUGGCCUAUGAAUGUACAGCAUAUGAAUGAAGGACUCAAUAUGAGGAAGUUAAGAGGCUUGUGGCUUGACUGAUGCAUUGGCAGUAGUCUAUAGCUAGGACCCAGAGUUUUUCCCGGUCAGGUCAAACUAGGACAAACUCUAGUCAGGGUUAAAAUAUGUACAAUAUGUCUAUUUGAAUAUGCAAAUUAAUGUGUUAUGUGCAUGUAGAGAUUUACACUGGCGUUUUAUGAGGCACCUGCACCUGCUUUAUGUCAGACUGACAGGGUCUUGAGAAAGUGUUGACAGAGAACUAAGAGAAUGGAUUAAUCUUAACUUCAAAACUGAGUCUACUUGCUCUCCUACAUUGCACUCAUAUAAGAGGGUAAUGCAUUUAAUUCCUUUAAGUAUAGUAUGUGUGCAUACUCUGCUUCGGAAGUACAAGGGAAAACUGAUUUUCAAACUAUUUCUGCUCUAUUUCCAAAUGUAGUGCUGGCAAGUUUAUUAGUAAAACAAAUGUUUUACUUCAUAAAUGUAUUAUAUUUGCAAAUUAAGUUCUGGCAAGUUCAAAGUUCCAAUAAAAUACAAAU